AUGGAGAACCCGAGCCUGCUCAGUGAGCUGCUGCCGAUCGACGAGCUCCAGUUGGACCGUGACAUUGCCUACUACUUGACGUCGGACGUGCGCAUGAAUGCCCAGCCGUUCGAGAUGCACGCACCGCGCCCGAUGGCCACGUCGCCGUCGUCGCAGAGUCCGAGCGAGUCGGAGCCCGGGAAGGAGGAGUCGAUCAGCCAAAAGUACCGACGCCGCCAAAAGGAAGAGCUCAAGCAUUUGCAAGAACAAGUUGCACAGCUCAGCGGGCACUUGGCCGUCUUGACCAACGUCAAGGCGCUCGAGGCCGAAGGCGGCUCCGAAUGGGAGCAAAACAGCCGGCUCAAGCGCGCACUUGAGGAGCAGCUCAAGAUCGCCCAGGCCCUCGACCAGCUCCUCAUCAAGCGGCCACGGCUCGCGGUACGUCCUCCCAACGCCACUACGUUGUAG